AUCGGUGAGUAAAACUUCCUCGUGACGGGCAAUUUAUUAGUAAACGCUAAAAUGGUGGAAAAAAGGGGCGUGCAAAAUUAAUCGUAAAAGUAAAAAUUUAUUCCAAUUCUAAAAGCAUCUAAAGUGUGAAGAAAAUAAUACAAAUUUGAAAGAUUUCUCUUAACAACUUGAAAGAGAAGCAUAAGACCAUAAAAUCUAGUGUAUUAGAGUGAUACAAAAAGGAAAAAUUCUAGAUUUUCUCGAAAAGAAAAAAGUUAAAAAAAAGUUUUUUUUUUGAUUGCUUUCAUAUAAUUUCUACUCAUUUCCUAUUAAAUAAAAGUUCUGUCAGUUCAAACGCUAUCAUUAGAAGAAGUGUGACUAUUUUUGAAACGAAAUAAAGCGUUAUUAUUAGUAUGGAUAACAAGUUAUUAUGAGGGAAUGAGAAUAAUCAAUACAACAGAAAUCAUGGAUGAAAAUUCACUUAAUGGUGCUCAAAAUGUUGGUGUUGGGCAAAAUCGCUCUAUCAAUCCGGCAGCUGGUGAAAAAAUUGAUGACGCAAAUGGCAAUGCACCAAAGAUUGUUCCUGAAUACACAAUUCCUGGAAUAUUGCAUUUUAUAGAGCACGAAUGGCAAAGAUUUCAAGCAGAAAGAUCGCAAUGGGAUACAGAUCGAGCCGAAUUACAGUCGAAAAUUGCCGUGCUAUUAGGUGAACGUAAAGGUCUUCAAACGACCCACUCCGAUUUAAUUCGCCGUAUUAAAAUGCUGGAAUAUGCGCUACGGCAAGAACGCAUAAAAUUUCAUCGUUUAAAGUUUGGAUGUGAUCCACCUACGGUUGAUUUAACGCAAUCGCCUGACGACUUGGGAGCUAAUGAGAUAUCUGCAGAUUCAGAGUUUCCUUAUAGUCCGGUGACAAACCAAAUGUGGGAACGAGGACGAGCAAGGCUACAAAAUUAUUUGAAGGAAAUCGGUUGUACAGAGACAAUAAUUGAUGUUCGUUCAAAGUGUACACGAAACAUGCUUAAAUUGGGAAAUACUGAACAAGAAGAAAAUAUUAAUCCUAACAUGAAUGGUGAAGCUAACAAUAAGCGUGCGAGUGAAUCACAAGGACGUGGACAACCAGCAAAGAAGAGUCAACCACAAUUAAUGGCUGACGCUCUUUUACUCGACACUGAAGCCGCAGUCAUGUCAAGCUUUGCCUUCCUUGAGCCCGCUGAUGUCGAAAUGGAUGAUGAAGAUUAUAUGGGUGAUGACAUGGAUAUGGUUUCCGGCACCGAUGCUGAUAUGAAGCAGUUGAAGUUGAAGACCAAAGGAGUAAUUGUAAACGAUGAUGAUGCUGAUGCCGAAGCAGAAGAAGUUCUCAAUGACCUAAAUCGAUUAGUGGAAGGCGAAGAUGCCAACAUGAAUUUGAAUGACAGUCAACGUCAGCAAGAUGGUGAUUGGAAUCAGCAUGGCUUUAAAUCAUCAGUUCCGCGCGCAAUUACUAGUCUUGUACCAGGUACCGACGAAGAAGUCGAUAGUAGCUUGGGACUCGGUGAAUUGGCUGAAUUAACAGUUACAAAUGAAUCGGAAUCAACAUAUGACGUCAACAAUUCUAAAGAAUCACAUCGUAAAACAUGGAAUGCAAAAUACACAUUACGCAGUCAUUUCGAUUGUGUUCGUGCUUUGGCAUUUCAUCCGAAGGAAUCAGUUCUCAUUACCGGCUCUGAUGAUCAUACACUCAAAUUAUGGAAUCUCCAAAAGACGGUGCCGGCUAAAAAGUCAGCAUCGCUUGAUGUCGAGCCGCUAUAUACGUUCCGUGCUCAUAAUGGGCCCGUAUUAUGUCUCGCAAUGUCGGCAAGCGGCGAACAAUGUUAUUCGGGUGGUCUUGAUGGUGUCAUAAAUUGUUGGAAUUUGCCGAGUUCAAGCAUUGACCCAUACGACAGUUAUGAUCCGGAAGUUCUCAAAUGUAGCCUAGAGGGCCACACAGAUGCUGUUUGGCGUCUUUCGGUGAAUCAUACAAAAGGUAAUGUCGUGUCAGCAUCUUCUGAUGGAACUGUUAAGCUUUGGUCACCGAAUUCCAAAAUUCCCCUUCUUAACACAUACUCAAGUGAGAAUGAAGGAAUUCCAACAUCUGUUGACUUUGUUCGUGAUGAAACGGACAAGAUUGUUGUGAGUUAUAAAAGUGCAGUGUCAGUUAUUCAUGAUGUUGAAACUGGUAAAGCACUUUUGAAAUUGACACCGAAUGGAAUGUCUGGAGCAGCUGAUCCAUCAAAAUAUAUAAAUCGAAUCAUUUCACAUCCAACAAUGCCCAUUAUCAUAACAGCCCAUGAAGAUCGUUGGAUAAGAUUCUAUGACGUUAAUGAUGGAACAUUAUUACAUGCGAUGGUAGCACAUUUGGAUGCUGUGACGAGUUUGGCCAUUGAUGUUCAUGGUCUUUAUUUGUUGAGUGGAUCGCAUGACUGCUCCAUUCGUUUAUGGAACAUUGCAAAUAAGAAGACCUGUGUUCAAGAAAUUACAGCACAUCGGAAAAAGUUUGAGGAAAGUAUUCUUGAUGUUGCGUUCCAUCCAUCAAAACCGUUCAUUGCAAGUGCUGGAGCUGACGCAGUUGCAAAAGUGUUCGUAUAAAAUUCACCUUUUUUUGAAUGGGAUAACAAAAAGCUUAAAUGAGAAGUUAAAAAAAAAUAAGAGAAAAGAAAAAAAAAUGGAAGAGAAAAGUUUGAAAAUUAUUCCCACGCCAUAUGGCGGCGAUCUACUGGGAUGAUUUAAAAUGAAAAACUUUUCUCUUUUUCUUCUUUUUGGAAAUGAUGAAACAUCUGAAAGUGGGUAAAAAUGAAACUUUAAAAUUUAUAUCGCCAUUUGAUUGUUUCAAUUACAAUACCUUUUUAUAUUUAUUUCUAUGAUUAAUGCAAAUUGAGAUGAAAAAAAAAACACGUAAGGUAAAUGAGAAAAAGAUAAAAACAUGAAUAGCAAUAAAAGAACGAACUUAAUUACAGCAAAUUUUCAUUAUUAAAUCGAAAUCUGGAGCAGAAAACAGCAGAAAAAUGAUUAUCUACAAACAUAAAAAAGCAUUUCUUUUCGUAUGAAUGAUUUAUUGGAUGAAUGAAAGUAAAAAUUGUGAGAGCAAGUAGAUAACAUAAAAAAAGGCCGAAAUUAAAUAAAACUCAUGUUCAUACCGAUGAUAAUGUUAAAGGGAAAUUCACUUUAGCGAAGGUUCAGGAAUUUAGGUUGAAUUCUAUCGAAAGAUAACGAUAUCAAUAUCUAAGAAAAGGAUUGCGUACAUUAUCAAACGCAAGAAAGAAAUUCCUAAUUAUGAACUUUCCCUAAGUUGAAUUUCCAUUCAAAACCAUAAAUCCCAAUAAUUGUCAAUGGAUGACAAUUGCUUUCACUCAACAGUGUAUUAUUAUUUUUCAUAAUAAAAGCUCUCAUUAUAGCGAAGAAGAAUGAAUGAAACAUUUGUGGCUAAGUAAGCAGUAGCUAAAACAAACGACGAUUUUCUCUCUUCAUCUUCUUAGCUUAGGAUAUUUCACUAUUAGGACGAGGAAAUAAAAUUCACGGAAAAUAUUUUCAUAUUCCGUAGAAGUCAUUUAUCUACCUUGCUAAAUGAAAUUGAAGAAAUUAAAACUCAUAAACUUUAUAUAAAAAAUAACAUGAAAGGAAGAAAAAAAAAACUAAAAUAAAAAUAAAAAAUAUUUCAAUGUUACACUAGAAAAUCUAAUACGAGAGUUAAUGAUAAAAUCAUCAUGAUUAAUUUCUAUUGAAUGGAACAAUGAAACAUCAUCAUCAGCAGCAUAGUUUUAGAAGUUUCAAAUCAAAUAAGUCAUAAUUUUAGUUUUUAUUUAGGAUGUUUAGUCUCAAUUUUUCAUCUUUUUCACAUUUCAACAAAAUUCGUAUUGACUUCUUGAAAGCUUUUUUGAACAUCAAUGAACUUAGAUUUCAAAUCUCAUUGCAUUUUAUUCAUGUUGAGAUUUUUUUUUGUGUUUUCGUAUUAUUUCUGCUUGUCUAGAAGGUAAAUUCAGUGAGGAAAUUUACUGAAAUUCAUUCAAGCGACUCUAAUUUUAUUUUAAAUCUUAAAAUUAUCAGUGACACUAGCGAAAAGCUGUAGAAAUUAAAGUUUAAAUGAAAACUUUGUUAAAUAACGAAGAAAGAAGAGAGGAAGUGAUAAGAGACAUGUUCAAGAAAUCACUUGCUGAAUGAUAAGAAAGAACCCUUUCACAAUCGAAUAAAUAUUAAGCUCCUUGGACAAACAUUAAUUGUAAUUUGGUAGAAAAAUAAAAGUAAAAAAAAACAUCUAACAGCAAAAAUUAUACAGAGAAAAAGGUUAAAUAAACAAUGAGAAAAUAUUCCAAAAAUUA